UUCAUAAAAAUGUUGCCCUAUAUGUAUGCUAUUCCUUGGUGGUAUCAUAGGUUUGAAAUGUUCUGAUAUUUUUAUCACUUUUCGGCUAUCCAGUUUAGUUGUUUAAGGAUGUUUAGUGGUGACUUGGCAAGUUUAGGUUGGGAUAAAGGAGGAUAUUGCUAGUGUUUAGGUUGGGAUAAAGGAGGAUAUUACUAGUGUUUAAGUUGGGAUAGAGGAGGACAUUGCGAGUGUUUAGGUUGGGAUAGAAGAUAUUGCUAAUUUUUAGGUUGGGAUAAAGGAGGAUAUUGCUUGUGUUUAGAUUGGGAUAAAUGAGGACAUUGCCAGUGUUUAAGUGUGGAAAAAGGAGGAUAUUGCUAGUGUUUAAGUUUGGAAAAAGGAGGAUAUUGCUAGUGUUGAACUAUGGAAAAAGGAGGAUAUUGCUUGUGUUUAAGUUGGGAUAAAGGAAUAUAUUGCUAGUGUUUAAUUUGGGGAAAAGGAGGAUACUGCUAGUGUUUAAGUUGGGAUAAAGGAGGAAAGGAUAUUGCUUGUGUUUAAGUUGGGAUAAAGGAGGAUAUUGCUAGUGUUUAGGUUGGGAUAAAGGAGGGAUAGAGAGAGAUACUGCUAGUAGCGGAAAAGAGCUCCUGGUGCAACGGGAACAAAUACAUACAAAACUUCAGUACCAGACAGGAUGGAAGCAACGCCAUGUAGUAAAAGGAACUAUUCUCCGAGCAGCAAGUAAUUACACCCAGUUGAUGUAUGGGAAUAGACCAGUGUGUACCUCACAGUCUGUUUUGUCUAUCCUGUAAUAAACAAACGACGUGAAUUAUGAAUACGUAUUUAUCACAACGUAACAGGACAAAGCAAAGAGCAUCAACGACGGCUUAUCGACUAAUAUCGAGAAUAUAAAUUCUGUUGUGUACAUGUUAAGAUAAAUCCCUGGGUAAAAUAUCGGACCUCAGAAAAAGUACCGACAUCAGUCAUCAAUCACAAUAGCUUGUCAAGUCUAUCCAACAAAACAACCGGAGUAAUGUGGUAAUUGUAUUAGUAAGUCUGAAUAUUCAUCAAUAUUUGAUUACUUGCGAUACACCAAAAUAUGACGUCAGCCAACCUUGAAACAAUCCACUAGAUAUACGUUACUAUAGCUUACACAAGGCAGGGGUCGUGUACUUAUAUCGUUUACCUCUGAAAAGUUGGCGAAAUAUCGUCUGUUUCCAGUUUGUUUUUUUGUGUUUCCUAUGAAAUACUUGGAACCGGAUGAAAGUGAUGCUCCAAAAAGCAGUUAUUUACUGUGAUAGCAAAUUAAAUUUAAAAAUGGCAUUUCUGUAACAUUCCAGCGGUAUUCCUGAUAGUUCCUGUACAAAAGUGUGAAUGUGUUAAUUAUUUAAACUGCAUUUGUAUUAUAAGUACUGGAUAGGGACCUGUUUGCUCGGAAUCGUUCAAGAGUUAUCGAUAUUGAUAGGGAGGCAUUGGAAGUGUUAUAUAAUCACGUGCUCUGAUAGGGAGAAAUGUAUACAAUCUCCUCGCAUCAAAAGAAAUUGAGAUAACGGGAUCCGAAAAUGAAACUGAAUCUUCUUACUCAUUAAUAUAAGCUUUGGAUAUUUAUAGGUGUUCGUAAAAGGGCGAGCACCAUGAGUAAUAUGAACAAUCAGCAAGAUGCUGACAACAGGGUUAUUAUUAAUGUCGGUGGAAUCCGGCACGAGACUUACAAGGCGACGUUGAAAAAGAUUCCGGCCACGAGACUGUCACGCUUGACUGAGGCGCUCGCCAACUACGACCCGGUUUUAAACGAAUAUUUCUUUGACAGACACCCUGGUGUUUUUGCGCAAAUUUUGAAUUACUAUCGCUCGGGAAAACUCCACUAUCCAACAGAUGUAUGUGGUCCUCUCUUUGAAGAGGAACUAGAAUUUUGGGGCUUGGACUCGAACCAGGUGGAGCCAUGUUGUUGGAUGACCUAUACCACACAUAGAGACACACAAGAUGUACUGGGCAUCCUAGACAGACUUGACCUUGACACUGACAAGCCCACUGAUGAUGAUAUAAUGAAGAAAUUCGGGUGGGAGGAACAGUAUAGAACGGGAGAUUUAAAGUUCUGGCAGAGAAUCAAACCCAAGAUAUGGGCGCUCUUCGAUGAACCAUACUCAUCUAAUUCCGCAAAGGUUAUCGCCGUUGUAUCAGUGUUCUUCAUAGUAGUCUCAAUCCUGUCAUUUUGUCUCAAAACUCACCCGGAAAUGCGCGUGCCCGUGCUUAGCAACGUAACGACCAACUUCUCGCGCGGUAAUAUCACGUGGCGACUGGAGAAAAGCAAAACGGAACCACACGAAUCGUUCUUUUAUAUAGAAUGUGUUAGUAACGCUUGGUUUACGUUUGAAAUAAUUAUACGAUUUGUUGUGGCACCAGGAAAAUUAGAUUUUUUAAAAGCACCAGUGAAUAUCAUUGAUAUUGUGGCGACUCUUUCAUUCUACUUGGAUUUCCUACUCACAAAGUUGAAGCAAGAGAGUGACAUCUUGGAGUUCUUCAGUAUCAUUCGUAUUAUGCGUCUGUAUAAACUCACUCGGCACUUUGCUGGUCUCAAAAUCUUAAUCCACACGUUCAAAGCGAGCGCCAAGGAGCUCGUACUCUUGAUCUUCUUCUUAGUGUUAGGUAUAGUUGUGUUCGCGGCUCUCAUAUACUACGCCGAGCGGAUACAGUACAAUCCUACAAAUGACUUUGAGAGUAUACCUGUCGGUCUCUGGUGGGCCAUUGUCACCAUGACAACCGUCGGCUACGGCGACAUGGUUCCGAAAACCUACGUCGGGAUGUUCGUCGGCUCCCUGUGCGCGCUGACGGGUGUGCUGACCAUCGCUCUUCCCGUGCCCGUCAUCGUGAGCAACUUCGCCCUCUUCUACUCUCACACCCAAGCCAGAUCAAAAUUGCCGAAAAAGAGACGGAGGGUACUUCCCGUGGAGCAACCCCGGGGGCCUAAGGGACCCAAGGGCGUGGGCCAGCCCGGGGGUGGCGGGCCGCAAAACCGCCGUAUGAAUGCAAUAAAACAUCCCCAUCCAGGAGCCCUUGACGUAAAAAUGGGACGAAUGGGACCAUUACAUUACGGAACGAAUUAUGGCCGGAACGGCGAGGAGUCCAUCCCCAUGUUAAUGAUGAACCACACGGACAAAGACGAACCGCACCCCGCGGCCGGUGGGCCCCCACAGCGCCCCCGCGUACCCUUGGAGGGUAAAAACGCCCCCAGGCUAGUGGAGAUCACCUCUAACCCCGGUACUCCUUUAAAAGUGACAGAAAUACCCGGCCCUGAUGAGAAACCAAUGCUCUCAAAAAGCAAUCCAAACAUACCAGCUGACGGCAGACCCUGUGCUCAGUCGGGUCGGAAAUCAUUUCCAAAUCAAGACGCAUCAUCGACGGCCUUGGCCAACAUAAUGCGAACCCCGGCGGGAAACUCUACUUCCGUUGUCCAUGCCAAACCAAAUUCCUCCAGCAUCGCUACAACGCAGCCUAACGCCAAUUCUCACUCAGAUAUCGUAAAAACCACUGAUGUUAUAGUCAGAGACGCUAGUUCUGUGAAAUCUUCAAACUCCAUAAGCACUGAACAACGAUCAGCGAAUCAAUCACCCAACUCCAGUCCCCACGCUUCAAACAAUUUAGUCGCUGUACAUACGUAGCAGAAGAGAAAGUGACGUACCGGAACCGGACAUGACGUCACAAGGUCUAAAUGCGCAUGUGUGAUAUAUUUAAACCGGAAAUACCAUGUGAUCGACUAAUUGCAGGAUGCCAUAAACAUUUUGGACUGAGUUACUUUAUCUACAAUUGUUCAUCGAGCAUUUUUCCACGAUCUUAUAUUCUGUUUUGGUGUUCAAUAGAUAUUUGAUUGUAAUAUACAUGAAUGACUGUGUACAUUGUGAAAGGUCUUGACUUUUGCAGGGUAAGGCAUUAUAGACACGUGUCUCAAAAGUAGGUCUAGAUUGUUCCGUAAAUAUAUUAUUAGCGCAUGAAAGCUAUUUUCUAAAUGCCAUUUGAAACAAACAUUUGUAACUUUCUAAAUGAGCUAUUCGGUGACAAAACCUCGUAUGUCAGUGACUGUAUACCCCUGAUGUAUAUAUAUAUACCAUACAUUUACAUACAGGGACACUUCAAUAUAUAUAUAAUAUGGUCAAGACAAGCAUACACUAGUAUAUAAGCUAAUAUUCUGGUUAUGGAAGACAUUCAUAUUUUCACUUUAAUAUAGAGCUGAAAUGCAGGAAACCUGCUUUGGUAAAUGUAUGCCUUGUAGUAUUAUGGUCAAAGUUGCCAUGGCAACGGAUACAACAUUGUGAGUUUAUUUUCCUAAUAAUUUCUGUCUUUAUGCAAAACACAUUAGAACCCCGCUAUUUUGCCACUUUAAAUUUGAAUUAAACAAUUAAUGUUUUAUGUAACAAAUACAGGUUUUGUCAUGGAACAGUUCAAAUGUAUGCAUAUUCCAUACAUAGUAUUAAAGAACAUCUCCAUGUCGUACGUUUUCCUCGAGUUGUAAUACGUAAUAAGUUAUCAAACAUCUUAUUACCAUUAUCUUAAGGAAUGCAUUGUCUGUUGCAUAAGUAAGAAAUACAUGCGUACAUCAAAUAAGAUGCCAAAAUCUGACUGAUCUUGGUUUCUAAUGUGUGUGUAAUGAUGGAACUAUAUAGUAUAAUCAAACAAACAUGAGAAUGCAUUCAUUUAUAUUCGACACAAAACCUCAUGAUAAUGUUUUGUAAUUUGAAAGACGAAUAAGUCAAAUCUAUUUGGCCGAGGUCGGGCAAAGAUAAGUAAGUUAUUGCCCGAGGCCUAUCGUUAACUUGGUCAUCCCCAGUCAUUCAAUAAGUAUUUUAUAACAUGGCAUUAGAUUUGUUUUUAAAUUAUGCACAUUUAAGUUUGAUCCUGAAAGUUCCCAUUCGGAACUCCUCGGCCAUUUUAUCGAAAACAACCUCGGAUGUGUGCCGGUACAUCUGUUGAAGUAGUUCGUAAAAUUUUGAAUUAUAUCAUUAGUUAAAUGUAGUGUUUUAGAGUUGUAUUUAUUGAUCUAAGUUUAAAUUUAUUGUUAUUGAAUUGUAUUAUAGCAAACAUUAUGAAGAAUCCCAAGAGUUAAGUCACAAAGUUUAACUGCUAAAUAAAAUUAAUACGCGAUCUACUUGCAGCGGACUUAAACGUACCACUUUUUGAGUGUGUAAACCAUCCAAAUACAUCCGAGGUUGUUUUCGAUAAAAUGGCCGAGGAGCUCCGAAUGAAAAGUUCCAUGUUCUAGCUAAAACGUGUACCGGACACUGGCUAUUAGAACUACAAAUUUCCGAGUGAUUUCCCUUUUUAAAGGGAAAAUGUAAUCUAACAGCUGAUACAUAAUAAAGUACGAACCGCGUAACUUUUCAAAUUACAAAGAACUAUUUCAUGUUUGGAAAUUGAUUAUUUUCUAUCAUACUUUAUAAAUAAAUGAAAGGCAAAUACAUCUAUAUGAUUUAUAUCGAUUUUUCUCCGAAACAUAGCAUAAUGCAUUCGGAACUCCUCGGCCAUUUUAUCGAAAACAACCUCGGAUGUAUUUGGACGGUUUACAUACUCAAAAAGAGGUACGUUUAAGUCCGCUGCAAGUAGAUCGCGUAGUAAUUUUAUUUAGCAGUUAAACUUUAUGACUUAACUCUUGGAAAUCUAAAUUAUGUUUGCAAUAAUAUAAUAUAUAAUAUAUAAAUGAUAUAAUUCAAAAUUUUAUGAACUACUUCAACUGAUGUACCGACAUAUAUCCGAGGUUGUUUCGCUAAAAUGGCCGAGGAGUUCCGAAUGAGCAUAAUGAAUACGCAAUUAACCAAAAGAAACCAUUUUACCCACAAGAGAACUCGGAGCUGUUGACCGUCUUAGUAUUUACUUGUCAAAAAGCAAACACUAUUGACGGGUGGUUUAUAUAGGAAGUCAUGUGAUAAUACUGACUACUGGCUGGAUGAAUUUAUGUCCAUUCUUUAUAAUAAUGUUUAUUUAAGUGCUUUAGAUAUGUGCUUUGUACCAAGACAAUUUAAAUUGCAGUAAACAAGUAGCUUAUUCUGGGAAACCUGCUUGUAGUUGGUCAUAUACUUAUAAAUUAAGUAUUUGUUCUUAAAAUGAUAAUGCUUUUUACGCGUUGUUAUUAAAAUUAGCAUGUUCAUGUAAUUACUCUUUUCCGUUUGUAGUACAAUGUGGUCGAUACAUGCCAUAUUUGAUACAUAGUAUGUACAGAUCCGUGACAAAAUCAUGGUUUAUAUCAAAGGUUCCAAUCUUGAAAAAAAAUACUUAAUGAAAUGAUUUGUAUAACACGUGCUGACACGUGCAUAUAAGUUCCAUUUGACUAGAAAAGAUCAGUAACUGUUGUGCUUAUGGUAAAACAGAAGCAACGUUCGAUCACUUCUUCGGAGUAAUAGUUCUGAGAACUUAUAUUUCAAAAGUAAAAGCUUUAUUGAACAGUUUGGUCACAGUUUAUUUUGGGGGAUUUUCAAGUUAAACUG